AUGGGGUCAAUGGGCUCAGGUCGGGCUGUCCUCACAGGGCAGAUGGCAGCUGUCAACAUUGACUACCCCAAUAGCCGCCAGCACGCGGUUGAGUCUGAGCGGCUAAAGAAGGCCAGGCUGCAUGUGGAGAAGGCCAUUAAGGAGAAGAAGAUCUUUGCAGUGCAGGGCCCUUAUCCCGUCAUCCGCCGCCUGCUGCGGGCCCGGGGCUGGGUGGAGAGGAAGCUGCCCCGCAAUGGCAGACAGCUGAAGCAGCAUCCUGGCGACCAAAAGAAACAGGAGCUGGAGAAGAGGGCAAGUGGUGGCGGUGAUGAGCAGGGGGAGGCAGUGCUGAACCCACGUGGUGGGGCACAGCCUUCCCUGGGCACCACAGAGCCCCUGCACCACCCAUGGUCACGCAAUAAGGAGAGCAAGGGGGAAAGGGAAGAUGAAGACAAGAAGGAAGACAAAGAGCACUGCAGUGAGGACUCUGAUGACAUCCAUGACCUCAUGUCCUUCCUGGCGCAGGACCAGGUGCCAAACUUCCUGUGGACCAUUCGCCUUAGCAACAUUGACCAGGAGCUGCUGCCAAAGAUUGAGAUGGUGAACCGCUUUCCCCGGCUGUACGCGCUUUGCACCAAGGAGGGGCUGUGUCAAAGCCUGCAAAACUUAUCCUGGUUUGAGCAAGUCGACCUGAACACCUUUUUCCCCCGGUGCUACCGGCUGGGGCUCAUGGACGAGCAGAAAGCUUUCAUCGAGGAUUUCCGCCUGACGGCAGCUCGCAGCCUGCUCAAACUGGCCCUGCAGAAGGUCGAGGACAGGCGGGUGGGGACAGAGCAGUCCCCAAAGGUGCCAGCAGGGCCGCACUCCCCCCUGUAUCCCCAGCUGGUGCAGGAGGCCCUGGAGGUCUGUGAGCAGCACCUGGGCGUCCUUGGGCACCGGGACAUCGACAGGAACACCCCGUCGCCCUGCCGGACAUGCAUCGCCUGGGACCGCUUCCUGCAGGAAUAUUACCGCGUGGCACAUGAGGGGACCAGGCUGGUGCUGAGCACGGAGCAGCAGGAGCAGUGCCAGGACGUGCUGCGGCGCCUGGAGGAGCAGCUGCCGCAGCUCGGCAUAGAGGGCAACCUCAACGUCUGGAUCCUCAAGCCCAGCGCCAAAUCCCGCGGCAGGGGUAAGGCUAGGGGAAGCAUGGGGCACGCACAUCCCCACGGAGAAGGGAUCCCACCAUCACUGUGUUGCCCAGGCAUCGUCUGUGCGACGCGGCUGGAGGAGGUGCUGGAGCUGGCGCGGAGCUGCACGGACCCCGCGGCGCGGGUGUGCGAGUGGGUGGUGCAGAAGUACGUGGAGCGGCCGCUGACCAUCUUCGACACCAAAUUCGACAUCCGGCAGUGGUUCCUGGUGACUGACUGGAAGCCACUGACUGCCUGGUUCUACCGAGACUGCUACCUGCGCUUCUGCUCCCAGCCCUUCUCCCUGCGUCACCUGGAGCCCGCCAGGCACCUCUGCAACGUGUCCAUCCAGAAGCGCUACAAAGCAUCACAGCCGGACCCCCGCGUGCCCCCCGACAAGAUCUGGUCCAACAAGCAGUUCCAGGCAUACCUGGCACGGCUGGGGCGGGCGGAUGCUUGGCAGCGGGUGAUGGUUCCCGGCAUGAAGGCGGCGAUCCUGAACGCCCUGCGCUGCACCCGGGAUCAGGUGGGCUCCCGCAGGGGCAGCUUUGAGCUCUUCGGGGCCGACUUUCUCAUCGGGGAGGACUUCCAGCCCUGGCUGCUGGAGAUCAACUCCUGCCCCACCAUGAGCCCCUCCUCGGCGGUGACCUGCCGGCUCUGCGCCAACGUCCAGCGGGACACGCUGCGCCUCGUGCUGGACCGCAAGGACAAUCCCACCUGUUCCAUUGGUGCCUUUGAGCUCCUCUACAGGGAGGCAGCCGUGUCCUCAUGCCUGACUGUGGGGCUGAAGCUGAUGGUCACCGGCUGUUCCCUAAAGAAGUCCCGGCAGGCAAAGCUUCGAUCCCAGGACAAGCCCCCCACCACCAUACCCAGUGCUCCCCAGUUCCCUGCAUCCUCUCAGGACAGAGCCACCAAGGUCCCCUGGUCCAGAGCAUCACGGGAAAAGCUGCCUCCUCUGAGGCCGCAGAGCAGCUGCUGCCCACCCAAGCCUGAACCACCAGCAGUGCCAGAGCCCCCAGACGCCUCUGCUGGGAGCCAGGAGCUGCCAUGGCUUCUUCACCUGGUUAGGCAGCCCGAGGAAGCUCAGCCCCAGAUCAGUAGCUGUCCCAGGGAUAGAGUGCCAGGACCACCAACCCAGGGCCCCCCCAGGAGCCCCUUGCAACCCUCAGGCUGCUCUGCUGGAGACCAGGAGUUGCCAUGGCUCCUUCAUGUGAUCAAGCAGCCCGAGGAAGCUCAGCCCCAGGAAGCUCAAGCCCAGACAGCUUCACCGCCGAUCACCAGCUGUGCUCUGGAUAGGGGGCCUGUGCCGCCGCCCUGGGGAGCGACCAGGAGUUCCUCGCAAGCUCCGGGUGGUUCUGCUGGGAGCCAGGAGCUGCCAUGGCUCCUUCACCUGGUUGGGCAAGCCGAGGAUGCUCAGCCUCAGGAACCUCAGCCCACGGCAACUCUCCCCCCGACUGAUAGCUGUCCUCCAGAUAGGUCACUACCACCCCAGGAAAUGCACAGUAGGCCCUGGCGACCCCCGGGCUCCUCUGUAGGGAGCCAGGGAUUGCCACAGCUCAGUCAGCCGGGUGGGCAGCCCCAGGCCACUCGGCACCACACAAUUCUGCCCCCAGUCAAUGCCCGUCGCCUGCCGAAGGGGCCUGUGCCACAGCCCUGGCGACCCUCGGGCCGUGUACCGACUCCUGCAGGACUUCCUGCCAGGCCAGCGCGCCCGUCUGCGCUGUAA